CUUCGCCCACAAUCAGACGAGACCUUUUUCUCCAUGGUGAGCAAAAGAACAGUUCUCGCGCUUCCGGUGCUCGUCCAUCUUUGCCCCCCCUGGUCGGGGUUCGACAUCGGUGACGCCCCGCUGGCCACCCGCGUGGUUGCGUUGCCCUCCCCCUGUCUCUCAGCCAGCUUCCCCGCCGCGGCCAUCGGGCCAUCCGGUUUAGCGGUGAGAGACGCAGCGCACUGUCUGUGGAAUGUCGGUGCAGAUGUGGCAGCAGCUGCUAGAAAGAGAUCCUGUAGCCAGUUCUAGUAUCAACUACCUUAUUCUAUUCGUCCUGACCUGAUUUCCGAGUCCACACCUUGACACUCUUGUUCAAUCCAGGAAAUUUACAUAACAAUA